AUGCAAACACGAGCGAUGUCCUCAGAACAGACAACCAAAGUCAAAUUUUUCGUAAUCUCUGACACCCACGCCCUGAAACCAAACCCCAAUACGAUAUUCCGGAGCCCCUUUCCAACAUGCGAUGUUCUUGUUCACGCUGGCGACCUCUCUAGUUGGGGGACGCUCCUUGAAUAUGAGAAGACGCUCACCUGGAUGAAGGCUUUCAGAGCAGAGCUGAAGAUUGUCAUACCCGGAAACCACGACAUAACACUCGAUCCACCGUACUACAAUAAAAUCGAAGAUGAUCGUGUAUUGAUCGACGCUGCGCACGAGCUCUGGACCAGCUCUGCGGCGAGAGAUGCAAAUAUAAUAUUCCUGAAGGAAGCCACACGCACCUUCACUCUCAGCGGGGGCGCGCAGUUCAAAGUCCAUACAUCACCUUAUCAGCCCAAAUUCCAUAACUGGGCCUUCAACUAUGCCCACUCUGAGGAUCGCUAUAACCCGAAACCCACUUCACCCACGGAGACAGCCGUGCCUGGAGUUGCACCGAUUCCAGAGGGAAUAGACAUCUUGAUCACCCACGGCCCUCCGGAGGGCAUCAACGAUUUUGCGGGGCGGACCACAGAAGAUAACGCCGGGUGCGAAUGGCUCCUCAAGGCGCUGAAGAGGGUGAGGCCGAGAGCGCAUUUCUUCGGUCAUAUCCAUGAAGGGUUUGGGGCAACUCGGGUACGGUGGGGAGAAAACGGGGAGAUGACAAAGGCCCAGGUGGAACCACCAAGUAUGAAAGAGUUGAAGAAGAUGGAGUUUCGUACGCGUGCGUGUGCUUCGUGGAAGAUAGACGUGUCGAGGGAUGGAGACAAUCCUCUCGGGAAGAAAGGUGAAGAAACGCUGUGCGUUAAUGCGAGCAUGUUAGAAGAUCCCGAGGACCCCGAGAAUAUUAGAUGCGGGGGUGUGCUGAUUGAUAUGGAGCUACCGGUUGUGUGA